UAUGAGACGCCACCGACUUUAAUCACCCUUCAAAUUGCAGCCUCCUCGCCCCUCGUCUCUCUCUAAUAAGCGCCCCCAAUUUCCAAUCUCCCUCUCUCUCUCUCCCUCCUCGCAUUUCAACGCGAAUCACACAAAUUUAUCGCCGAUGGCGCACAAGACAGAGCAGGAGGAGACCGAGUUCAAGGUCGUACCUGAGAACAUCUCGCUCUGCGUCAAAUGCGGCGUGCCAGGUAAUUUUGCCGCGAAUAAUUUGUGCCAGAAAUGCUUCACCUCGCCGCCGGAGGUCUCCGCCUCCGCCGUUCCCGUGGUUUCCGGCGUGGCGAAGCCGAAAAUCCACGUGUUCGGAGAGAAAUCCUUCAGAUCCAGCUCGUCCGUCAGAUCCUCGCCGCCGAGGAUUCCAAGGCUCCUCGAGACGAGCGCAGAUCUGAAGGAGGAUCGCGCGGCGGUGGAUUUAUCGGCUUCGGCGCCUCCGGUGAAAAGAGAAGUCAACCGGUGCUCCGGCUGCAGCCGGAGAGUCGGAUUGACCGGAUUCAGGUGCCGGUGCGGUGAGCUGUUCUGCGCCGAUCAUCGGUACUCGGAUCGCCACGACUGCAGCUACGAUUACAAGACCGCCGGUCGGGUGGCGAUCGCGAGGGAGAAUCCGGUGGUCAAAGCCGCGAAGAUAGUCAAAAUUUGAGGCUGAAAUCCCCGGAGGAGGAUUGGACGAAGGAACGAUUCCGCCGAAUACAUACUCAAUCGAGAAUCGGGGAUUCUUCGUGUUAUGAUAAAUCGGAAAUGAAAUUAUUGCUGCACUUCUCUUCGAGCUGAGACGACGCCGUCUCGUGGCCCAGGGACGGAACUGUAGAAGAGAGGCUGUGAGACAACGGCUUCUGUUACUUUUUUGUUUCUUUUUGAUUUUUUUUAUUUCAAUUGUGACGAUAUACAAUAGAGUUUUAAUUAGUGUGACAAUAUUGCUAGAUUUUUACUAGUUUUAUGUGUGAUUUUUUCUUGAUCUUUUUGUAUUAUGAGAUGGAAUUUUUGCUAUAAUCUGUUCGGUAUUUGAUAAA